AAACUCCCUUUGCGAGUUGCGACCUGCAAACCAUUUCGUGCCACCCUAACACGACCUCUCUCUGCUCAGCUCACACCGAUGUACUCCUGCGAACAACCAGACCACACGGCAACACGUACCACGUUCAACUCGAAUUACCAGCAGCCGUGUGCCACGGCCCGCUCGCUCCACCUCUCCGCUCAUCAGCCCGGACAAGCACUCCCGGCCGCCGUCGGUCCCGUGGCCACCGUGCAGCCACGGCGCGCCAAGAAGAAGCCCGCGGCUCGGCCGCCGUCGUCGCGCCACUCGUCAACCACCGUGGUGCCUACCGACGUGGCCAAUUUCCGGGCCAUGGUGCAGGAGCUCACCGGCUUCCCGCAGGCCGCCAUCUUCCGGCCGCUGCCGCGCAGGGUGCACGCGGCCAACCCCUUCGUCGUCGCCUCGGGGCAAGGCUGUGGCGGUGAAGGGCAUGGGCGUGGCUCGGAGGCGGCCAACAGUACUGCCGGCGGCAACAGCAGCCCCGACGCCCCGGCCGUGCAGCCUGUGAUAGCGCAGAGCGCGCCGCCGGGCGUGUUCGACGGGCUGUCGGACCUCGGGUCGCCGGAGUUCGACUCGUGGGCCGAUUUGUCCAUCGAAUAAGUACUUGUUGGCUGGCUAGAUUAAUGGAUCCAAAGAUGGUGAACGGUUUGGUGAUUUCUUUCUGAUCAUGUGUUAUAUGCGUGUAUAGGCAUAGCUACACGAUGGCAGCUGUGCUUGCAAUUUCUUUCUGAUACAUGCUCAUGUAAUACGUAUCAAAUCAAGUAACUUACUCGAUUUUUGUAAUUGCGAAAUGAUCACAGUGGGCGGCCUAUUCUAUUGAUCUCAA